AUGAAGAACCUUAUCACUUACACUCUUGCGGCCACGCUUGCCGCCGGCGCUACCGCCCAGCACCACCAGCACCAGCACAUGCACAACCGCCGCCAUGCUGGCUCCAAGAUCGAGAAGCGCAGCCCUGACGUUGUCACCGAGGUCGUCGUUGGUGCCACCGAAACCGUCUACGAGCUUGCCGGAAAGGAGAUCGACCUCGACGCUGCCAAGGCCGGUCUUGACGGAGGAAGCCUUGUUAUCGUUGGCGAGUCUAACCCUACCUACGACGCCCCUGCUGCUCCUCAAACCCCUGCUGCCCAGGCCGUCAAGGCUUCCGAGCAGAAGCAGGAGGUCGGCGCUCAGUUCUACGAGUCCCCGACCGAGGCUUCCACCGAGGCUUCCGCUGAGGCCUCUGCCGAUAUCCCCAAGCCUGUCUACUCGGCCCCUGCUGCCACCAAGCCUGCUGCCUCCAAGCCCAAGGCUUCUAAGCCCAAGACUGGUGGCUCCAGCUCUGGCUUCACUGGCACUGGUUCCGGUGUUGACAAGAAGUUCGAGAGCGGCACCAUUAGCUGCGACACCUUCCCCUCUGAGUACGGUGCCGUUGCUCUUGACUGGCUCGAGCUCGGUGGCUGGUCCGGUAUCCAAUACGUUCCUGACUUCAGCCUCUCCUCCAAGAGCAUCUUCAAGAUUGCUACCGCCAUCAAGGGUGAUGGCUGCACCCCUGGAGCUAUGUGCUCCUAUGCCUGCCCUGCUGGCUACCAGAAGACUCAAUGGCCCUCUGCCCAGGGUGCUGACAAGGAGUCCGUCGGUGGACUUUACUGUAACGAGGACGGCAAGCUUGAGUUGACCCGAGAUGAGUACGACACUCUUUGCGAUGCUGGUGUCGGUGGUGUCUCCAUCCAGAACGACCUGGACGAGGAUGUUGUCACUUGCCGAACCGAUUACCCCGGAACUGAGAACAUGGUCAUCCCCGCUCUCGCCAGCGCUGGUAGCUCUGUCAACAUUUGCAACCCUGCCCAGGACAAGUACUACGUCUGGAACGGCUCCGGCACCUCUGCUCAAUACUACGUCAACAAGAAGGGCUACAGCAUUGAGGACGCCUGUGUUUGGGAUAGCCCCAAGGGCAAGGAUGCCGGUAACUGGUCCCCUGUUGUCCUCGGUGUUGGCCAAGCUGCCGAUGGCAACACCUACAUCUCCAUCUUCCAGAACCUGCCCACCAGCACCGCCGAGCUUGACUUCAACAUUGAGAUCAAGGGAGACGUCAACUCCAAGUGCUCCUACGUCAACGGCAAGUGGAGCGCCGGCGGAUCCGGCUGCACCACCACUAUCCCCAAGGGUGGCAAGGCCGUUAUCCGAUACUUUUAA